AUGGAGCGUGCCCCUGAGCUGAUCAUGCAAGCAAGCUGGUCUGAUUUGCAUUCACUUGCCAACGCCAACGACAGCGACAUCGCGUUGAACUUGGACUAUCGGCUCACGGAAUCUGAAGACUUUACCGAAGCCACAGUCAAGCCCAUGGACAUCCGCGAAAAAUUCGUCCUCGACGUCCAACAACCAGCUACGAAACUCCUCUGA